ACGUGGAAUUCACCGUAUCCGGAAGCGUGGCCCUAGUACAGCUGUGAUGCGAUGCUGUGCUUUUGAUUCGUUGUUUUCUCUUUAACUCUGCAUAGGUAUGAUAAUGUACAAAUACUGAAUUGUGAACAUCAAGGUAUCCGUGUAUUAGUAUGGGCCAGAUGUUCGGUUUAAUCACUAGCUCUGCGACCGCCUAGCUAGCGUCAGCCAAACCCGACGGAAAGGGCUAGCUAGUUGUUAGCCUCGACAUCAGAAUUAUAUGGAGCAUCUCCUGAUCGGUUUUAAACCUCAGAAGAAUGGACGAAAAAUACAGUAGCAACGUUCUCUCCAGUGGGAAGCUUGGAAUGGUGGAAGUGCCCAACGCCAGAUUAACCAGGUACAUAGUGUUGCUUCUCAUCGCCAAGGUGCUGAAGGCACUUGGGAUAUUCGAAUCAUACGAUCUACUCAAAGUUGUCCAUAUCGUCCAGUUCGUGUUCAUACUGAAAUUAGGGUGUGCAGUAAUCUUACUUUUCUUCCAAAAGCCAUUCACUUCUGGGAAAGUGAUAUCUAAAAGACAGUGGAUCAAGCUGCUGAAACAUGCGGUCGUUAAUUGCAUCAUAUCUCUGCUGGGGUUCUUUGGCCUGACUCUUUGUGGACCACUAAGGGCUCUGCUGCUGUUCGAGCACAGCGACGUGGUCAUCCUAGCGCUGCUCAGUGUUCUAUUCACCAGCUCAGGAGGCGGACCUUCCAAGACCAGAGGUGCAGCUCUCUUCAUCAUAGCAGUGAUUUGCCUACUCCUCUUUGACAACGAUGACCUCAUGGCCAAGAUGGCCGAGCACCCUGAAGGGCACCAUGACAGCGCUCUGACCCACGCUCUUUACACCGCCAUCGCGUUUCUGGGGGUGGCAGACCACAAGGGGGGCGUGGUGUUGCUGGUGGCGUCCCUCUGCCUGAAGGUGGGCUUCAACACAGCUUCCAGGAAGCUGUCGGUGGAGCUGGGAGGAGCCAAGCGUCUGUACGCCCUGUCCAACCUGGUCUCUGCAGCCGUGCUGCUCCCCUGGGUCAUAGUGCUGUCGGUUUCCACAGAGAGUAAAGUGGAGUCGUGGUCGUCGCUUCUGCUUCCGUUCAGCCUGAUCGUGUUUUCCGUCAUGAUCCUGGAGUUCUACGUGGAGUCUGCCUGCGUAUCCAAGAUGGAGGCGCCCCGCUGCGCCCGCUACGGCGCCCUCUUCCUCCUGGUCAGCAGCGUGCUGCUGGCCAACUUCUGGCCCCACCCCCUCUCCUACCAGCUCAGCUCCAUGAACAAGCCCCCCCUGCAGGACAGCACUGAGCACGUGCAGUCUGGAGGCGUGCUGGUCAGCGCGGUGUUCUUUAUAAUGGCGGCCAGCAUCUUGUCCUCCCCAUCUAAGAGGGGCCAGAAGGGGACCCUGGUGGGCUACUCUCCUGAGGGAACCCCUCUGUACAACUUCAUGGGCGACGCGCUGCAGCACACCUCCCAGUCUCUGCCGCGCUUCAUCAAAGACUCGCUGAAGCAGAUCCUGGAGGAGUAUGACUCCAGGCAGAUCUUCUACUUCCUCUGUCUGAACCUGGCCUUCACGUUUGUGGAGCUGUUCUACGGCGUGUGGACCAACAGCCUGGGGCUGAUCUCUGACGGCUUCCACAUGCUGUUCGACUGCUCCGCCCUGGUGCUCGGCCUCUUCGCUGCUCUCAUGACCCGCUGGAAGGCCACCAGGAUCUUCUCUUACGGAUAUGGCCGAGUUGAAAUUCUGUCUGGGUUCAUCAACGGUUUGUUUCUCAUGGUCAUCGCUUUCUUCGUCUUCAUGGAGUCGGUCACCAGACUGGUCGACCCUCCCAACAUCAACACUGACAUGCUGACGCCCGUCUCUGUGGGGGGUCUCCUGGUGAACCUGGUGGGGAUCUGUGCCUUCAGCCACGCCCACUCCCACGGGAGCUCCAAGGGGGGCUGCUCGUCCCAAGACCACGGCCACGCCCACCACGGCCACGCCCACAGCGAACACGGUCAGGGAGGCCAUGGCCACUCUCACGGGGGCAGUCACGGCCACUCUCACGGGGGCAGUCACGGCCACUCUCACGGGGGCAGUCACGGCCACUCUCACGGGGGCAGUCACGGCCACUCUCACGGUUCUGGCGGUGGAGGCAUGAACGCCAACAUGAGAGGUGUGUUUCUGCACGUCCUGGCCGACACGCUGGGCAGCGUCGGCGUCAUCAUCUCCACCAUCCUGAUUCGCCAGUUUGGCUGGCUGAUCGCCGACCCCAUCUGCUCGCUCUUCAUCUCCACCCUCAUCUUCCUCAGUGUGAUCCCGCUCAUCACAGAUGCCUGUGAGGUCCUGCUCCUGAGGACCCCCCCCGAGCACGAGAAGGACCUGAACCUGGCCUUAGAAAAGAUUGAGAAGAUCGAAGGUGUGCUGUCGUACCGGGACGCUCAUGUCUGGAGGCACUCGGCCAGCACCGUGGCAGGAACCAUCCACCUGCAGCUGAUGUCAGACGUGGUGGAGCAGAGGAUCAUACAGCAGGUGACGUCCAUUUUGAAAGAUGCAGGGGUAAACAAUCUGACCAUCCAGGUGGAGAAGGAGGCGUUCUUCCAGCAUAUGUCCGGCCUCAGCUCAGGGUUCCAGGAGGUCCUGGCCAUGACUCAGCAGAUGGAGUCCAUGAAAUAUCUGAACGACGGAACAUGUAUCAUGUAAUUUACUUUUGAUUGCGACCAAAUAAAACUUUUACUACUUUUCUCUUUUCUUUUGACGUGUAUAGUAUGUAUGCGGUUCAUUUGUAUAAUAAUAAAAAUAUUGAUAUAUGAAUUUUAUCAA